GUGCCUCGGCGUUACCAUGACGACCGCAGGUGAGGGGAGAAUAAUGGCGGCCGGGAAGAUUUGUUUGGGAAGGAGGGAAAACGUGGCUGAAGGAGGCUGCCAGGCCGCGGCUCUGGCGCUGGUGGCCGCGCUCUGGGGUGGCAGCGGGCCCUUCCUGAGGGUGGCAUCGGCGGGCGUGGAGCAGCAGCGGGGCCGCGGCCGCCUCCGGCAGCUCCUGGCAGAGCUGCGCUUCCUCGGCCUCAACCGCAAGUACCUGGUGCCCUUCCUGCUCAACCAGGCUGGCUCUCUCCUCUUCUACCUCACCUUGGCCACCACAGACCUGUCCCUGGCAGUUCCACUCUGCAACUCCCUGGCUUUGAUUGUGACCUUGGUGACUGGGAAAAUCCUGGGAGAGGACAUUGGUGGGAAAAGAGCUGUGGCAGGAAUGGUGCUCACCAUGCUGGGAGUCUCCCUGUGCGUGGCUGGGGCCUGAAGGAGAAGCAGAGCAGCAGAACCUGAUCCAAGGCACCUCCCCUCGUGGCUCAGGGGGCUCCAGGCUCAGUUUUGGGAUGGCAAAAUCCAUGGAUUGCAUUCCCUGAGCACCAGGCCCAUCCUAGGUUCAGCCAGUUCUGUGCCUUAAGGGAUUUUUGGUGGCUCUUUUGAGACCACAGUUGUUAAACUGUCUUGUGCUCAGUACUGCAGGGAUAAGAAAUGGUUAAUAAAUUAUCCAUUGUGACCUCCUGGCA